UGGAAGCUCCUCGUACCAAAGUAUCUCGACAUGAUGAACUGCAUAAGUUUAGUCUGUCUUCUUCUGUGCACGGGAGUGUCUUCUUUCAGAUUUGAGGAGUUGACGCAAUACGUGAACAGCCAUGAGGAGGAAUUUAUUGAGACUCUGAGACAGUGGAUCGCUGUGGAGAGCGACUCCAGCGAUGUUACGAAGCGAUCUGACUUACACAGAAUGAUGGACAUGACGGCAGAGAAACUGCGUCUCAUUGGAGGAAGUGUGGAAAUGGUGGAUGUCGGGACACAGUCGCUGCCCAAUGGAAGCAGCAUUGCUCUGCCCAAAGUGGUCACAGCUCAGUUCGGCAGCGAUCCCAGUAAACGCACCGUCUGUGUGUACGGUCACGUGGACGUCCAGCCUGCCAAGAAAGAGGACGGAUGGGCAACAGAACCGUACGAGCUCACAGAUAUCGAUGGAAAUCUGUAUGGAAGAGGAGCAUCUGACAAUAAAGCACCAGUGUUGGCCUGGAUCCAUACGGUGGAGGUCUACAAAGCCCUGAACAUCGAUCUGCCGGUGAACGUUAAAUUCAUCAUCGAGGGAAUGGAGGAGACCGGCUCUAACGGCCUGGACGACAUGAUUGUGGCUCAGAAAGACUCGUUCUUCUCAGACGUGGAUUAUACCAUCAUCUCAGACUGCGUCUGGCUCAGCAAACGACCCGCGCUCACGUACGGGACCAGAGGAAACUGCUACUUCUUCGCCGAGGUCGAGGGGCCCAAGAAGGAUUUGCACUCCGGUGUUUACGGAGGAACAGUAAUCGAGCCGAUGACGGACCUGAUCGGCAUCUUAGACAAACUGAUCAGCCCCAGCGGGAAGAUCCUGAUCCCCGGCAUUAGAGAAGCAGUGGCGCAUCUGUCUGACGACGAGUGGAGGAUGUACCAAGACAUUCAGUUUGAUCUGGAGACCUACAAACAAGACGUCGGCAUGAGCCAACUCAUGUACACCAACAAGGUGGAUCUGCUCGCCCAUCGCUGGCGUCACCCGACCGUGUCGAUCCACGGCAUCGAGGGCGCCUUCUCCUCCUCUGGUACCAAGACUGUGAUUCCGGCUAAGGUCAUCGGCAAGUUCUCCAUUCGUCAGGUUCCCAACAUGGAUCCGGCCGUGGUGGAAAAGCAGGUGACGGAUUAUUUGCGCUCAGUGUUUGCAAAGCGCAACAGUCCCAACAAACUCAACGUCACCAUGGUCAUCGGAGCCAAACCCUGGCUGGCCGAUCCCAAACAUCCGCUGUACGAAGCCGGAAAAGCGGCGGUCAAGAGAGUGUUUGACGUGGAGCCGGAUCUGAUCCGUGAAGGAGGCACGAUUCCCAUCGCCAGAACCUUCCAGGACGUCACGGGGAAGAGCAUCAUCAUGCUGCCCAUCGGAGGCUUCGACGACGGCCUGCACUCACAGAACGAGAAGAUCAGCAGAUACAACUACAUCGAGGGAACCAAACUGUUCAUCGCCUACCUGCACGAAGUGUCUCAGAUCAAGAAGUACUGAUGUGGGAUCUGGAACAAACAAACAUCUCCAUUACUACUAACAAAUGCAUUUCUCUGAACUGAUGCAAAUUCUGACAAAGAUUUGUUGCUGGUGCAAAUUAAACAAGUGUUUUGCAAUGAAUGUGCAGUGCUUUUACA